AUACUUCACCAGGACAUGUACUGUAUUUGACCCAGGACUGUCUCUGUCUGUCAUAGAUACUUCACCAGGACAUGUACUGUAUUUGACCCAGAACUGUCUCUGUCUGUCAUAGAUACUUCACCAGGACAUGUACUGUAUUUAACCCAGAACUGUCUCUGUCUGUCAUAGAUACUUCACCAGGACUAUCUAUCAGUUCCAGUUCCAGAAGGCCCUCUGUGAGGCAGCUGGCCACUCUGGACCCUUAUUCAAGUGUGACAUCACCAACUCUACAGCAGCCGGGGACAAGCUCAGGACAAUGCUGGAGUUUGGGAGGUCAAGGUCGUGGACCAGAGCCCUGGAGACGAUUUCAGGACAUGCCAAGAUGGACUCCGCCCCUCUCCUGGACUACUUCAAGGACCUCCAUGUUUGGCUAAUAGAAGAAAACAGGAAGAACAACAGGGAAGCCAGGAUGGAGAGCAGCUGAGGACCCAUUCUCAGAGAAUGCCUACAAAGUGAGGUUGAGUCUGAAAGCAGCUAUGGGUGACAAGGCAUACAUUUGGAACGCCAACGAGAUGUACCUGUUCAAAGCCAACAUGGCCUACGCCAUGAGACAGUAUUACCUUGAGGUCAACAAGACGGAAGUUCUUUUCACCACAGAGAACAUCCACACCUACAAGGAGACAGCCAGAAUCUCUUUCUACUUUGUGGUGACUGACCCUGCCAACCCUGCCGUGGUCAUUCCCAAAGCUGAGGUAGAAGCCGCUAUCAGGUUGUCAAGAGGUCGAAUCAAUGACGCAUUCAAACUGGACGAUAAAACUCUGGAGUUCGAGGGUCUCCUAGCAACGCUGGCCCCGCCCGUGGAGCAGCCGGUCACCGUCUGGCUGGUGGUGUUUGGGGUGGUCAUGGGACUGGUGGUCUGCAUGGGCUGUUACCUCAUCAUCUCUGGCUUCAGAGACAGGAAGAAAAAAUGUGCAGCGAAAGCCAAAGAGAAUGCAGAGAACCCCUACGGCGUGACCAACAAAACAUUUGAGAGGGAAGAGGAUGAACAGACAGGAUUCUGAGUCGGUGAUUGUCAGUAUGAAAGUUUGACAGAAGACUUGACAGAUCUGAAAACCCCCCUACAGCAACAGCUCUUUCAAGACGACCGCAUUAGAAGUUGGAUCAUUUGUUUAAAUUAUGUAUAAAUUAAAGACAUUUGUAGCAUUUUAGAAUACAUUUUAUUCUAAAUAAAAAUACUUAAGUCACAGAAAAAUAAUAUAAAAGCAUUACUCAUCUGACUAAACUAUCAAUAACUGAAAAAUAAAAACAAAUGCUAAUUA